CACCACCAUGAAAAGUGGGUGCUGACAUCGUAUCCUCUUAUCUCGGCCAAAUUCAACUUUGGCCACCUCAAUCAGAUCCACCCAGUAGAAAAAUCAAAGAAAAUAACCCACCCACUCUGAAGUCUCUUUUGGACUGCUGAACUUUUUCCUUUGAACACCUUCAUCUCCCAGCAACAAGACUUCUUUGCCUGCACUCCUUCUGUUCCAAGGAAACCCUCAGAUCAAUCCAAACCUUCUCAUACUAACUCCCCAAUCCCACCCAAGUCUCCUAUUCCUUCCACCAUGGUUCAAAGAAAAGCACCCAAGAAGCUUGGCUCUCAAACCAAAUCAAAAUAAAAUCCUGUGAGACAUGAGAGGAAUCCAUCUUCUUAUCGGCAACAAGAUUCAAGAAGCAAGGGAGGAGGUGGUACCAAGAAGAAGAUGAAGAAGGUGAUAUGCGCCAAGAUCUCAGACUUAGCAAGUGAGCAGGUGCAAUUCAACCAGCCUACCAUGCACAAGAGGUCAUCAGCUACCAAGGCAUCAGAUCAGUUGCCAAAUUAUAUGAAGCCCACAUGCAGUUCAGAUGUAAGGAAGGAGAAAUUCAAGGUAAUGAACCAUUCCCCAACCACUAGUGAUAGGGUUAGAAAGCCAAGAAAUUUGAGUAAUUUGAAUUGCUCAAAGCCCUACACUUCUUGCCCUGAUGGCUCUGGCCUUAAACAUGUGAAAGUUUUGAAAAGGAAACCUAGUCUGAAACAAGGAAGGCCUUGGAUGAAAAAGAGCAUAGGAGUUGCUCUUUUUUCUCCCAAGCUAUAUGUGAACAGGGCCACCUGCUCAUCAACUCUUAAGGAUUCCAAGUUUCCUAAGGCUUUGGAACUCAAUCAAGGAGGGACCGAAGCCGAAGGGACUUCAACCAUGAAGGUCUGCCCUUACACAUAUUGCUCUCUGAAUGGCCAUAGACAUGAGCCUUUGCCCCCUCUGAAGUGCUUCUUGUCAUCAAGGAGGAAGCUGCUCAAAACCCAGAAGAGCAUGAAGGUAAAAGGGGUGUCUUUAUUCAGAAAGAAAGGUCUAGGGAAGGAUGAAAAGGAGGUAGAUACAGGACAAGCAGUUCUUAGUAGGGCCCCAACUGCAUUAGAGGUUCUUAUGGAAGAAGUAGCCAAUGAUUUCUUUGUCGAAAUCUAUGCUAAACCACAUAAACAGAAUGUAGAACCAUUUAACUGUGAUGAAGGAAGCCAUCAAGAAAAGGAUGACACAAAAAGUCCUGAAGUUCUGAAAAGCUUAGAAUUUACUGGAGGUGAUAGGGUGGAUGCCAAGUGCGAAGAAGAUGAUGGAAGGAAUCUCAUGGAUGAGAUUCAUGAAUAUAGUUCGGUUACUAGCUUUGAAGAAGAUCUAAACCAGAAUAGUGACCUUUCAAUCGAAGAAAUGGAUGUUAUGAUGAGUGUUCGAGAGUAUGUAAAUUGUGAUCAGGAAGAUGAAGAUGAGGAAGGGAAUUCCACUAGUUUGGUUCGAAAAGAUGAUGCAGAAUUGAAUUUAGAAUGCCAAGUCAUGGAUGGAUUGGUCAAAGAGAGUGAAGGUUUUGCAGACAGUGCAAUCAAGGUGCCUUUUGAGGCCAGUGAGAUGAAUUUGGAGGAGGAUAUAGACACAUUUCCUUGUAACAAGACUGAUUGCUCUGAGUCCACUGAUGAUGGUUUUGGUCCACUAUUCAAGCAUUUGUUCGAAAAUGAUGAUCCUGGCAAUGGACUAUCUCUUAAUGCAAAGACUGCUUCAGUUGCAUGUAAGAUAGCUGAAUCUGAUGUAGAGCCAUCUUAUGAAGCAUACGAAGAAGUUGCUGAGCAUGAUCAUCUGACAGCUUCUGAAGGCAUUAGUUCUGAGAGAAAUGAUGUUUCCUCUGAUGAGGAGAGAGAAAGUUCUGCAAUUAAUUCUGUGAGCUGUGAUGACAAUGUUCAAUAUCAGAGUACUGAUUUUCUAAUUUCCAAACCACUUGAAGCCGAAAUAUUGAAGGAAAAUCAUCUGGGUGACCCUCCUUUUACCAAAGAGAACAGCUCCAGUGUGAGUUUUCUGGGUCAUUUAGAGGCCUCCAAGGGAACAGAAGAAGGCAGCGCAAUGAAACAUGAUCUCAGCAAACAGAAUGGUAAAGGUGAAGCAUCUGAAGCAGUUUAUCUGGAAGCAAACAAUAUCUCAGACAAUGGAAAUGCAGAGCAAACAAUCUUCCAUGUUGACAUCAAAGAAGAGGAUGAUGGGAAUGAAGAAGUUGAAGAUGUCAGCUCCUCAUCCAACACCAACCUUUGUGGUUCUAACAAAGGAUCCACUGAGAAAGAAAAUGGUGCAACAGAAGCCGAUCAUAUCAAAACAGGAAUGGAGAUCAAAGUCUACAAACAUGAUGAUACAACUGAAGAAGCAAGCAUUCUUCUUAAAAUCCACCACUCUCUGAAUGAUCUAUCAGAUGAGGUUGAUCAAGAAGACAACCGAGAGAAGUCACAAAAAAAGCAUCAGGAGGAAGUCAAUGAGACAGGAGAAGAACAAGACUGGUACAAAAUAGAACAUGUAGUGCAGAUUAAGGAUAAUUUGGAGAUUUGCCUCACAGGUGGCACAGAAGGCCUUGAAGAAGAUAGAAUCAUCGUCACUGCAGCAGCACUCUCCAACCAAGCUGCUACUGAGGCAACUGGUAAGCAAAAGGCAAAAAUAAGCAUAGUGAGAAAGAAAAGAGCUGAUGAAGAGGAACAAAUGAAAGAAUUCAACCCACGAGCACCAAACUUUCUCCCAAUUGAACCUGAUCCAGAAGCAGAAAAGGUUGAUCUCAGGCAUCAGGAGAUGGAUGAAAGAAAGAAUGCAGAGGAAUGGAUGAUCGAUCAUGCACUCCAACAGGCAGUAACAAAAUUGGCUCCAGACCGGAAGAGGAAAGUAGCACUGCUUGUGGAAGCGUUUGAGACUGUAAUGCCGACACCUACGUGUGAGAAAGCAGAGCAGCAUACCAGUCAAGGCUUUGAUCAUGCAAGGCCUAUGCAAGCAUGCAGUUGAUGACCUUGGAGGUUUUGCUUGAAGCUGUACUCCAUUGUUAAAAUGUAACAAAGGAUCACUGCAAUCUUAGCCAAAUGGAACAGAUACAAGGAUAGAGAAUGUUCUGUAGCAACUGUAGUUAUUUAUCAUGCAGGCAUGAUGAAGAUAACAGAAGCAAGUAACAAUAUAGCAAAAGAAAUGUAAAUAAGUAUCCUGUAACUUGAGCAGUGUGAUCCUAAUUCCUAACUAAUUUGAUCUUAAUCAUAAUGUUGUCUGAUAUUGUAAUUAAGUAGAAUAAUCGGAGGGUGCGUUGUUUAGAAGAAAAGGUUAUAUUUGAUUUCUUCAAGUAGAUUAUACCUUCAGUUCUUGUAAAGAUCAAAACUAAGCACUAAAUGGAGAUAUUUAGAAUUAUACA